GCCCCUCCCAGGCUUUGGCUUGCCGUGACGUGGUUUCCGUCUCCGGAGUGGGCUUUGGUGAGCUGAUCAGGGUUUGCAGCCUUGAAGCUGGGAUAGACCCCUGAGCUGCUUAUCUGUCCCAGUGGAGACUCCAGGAUGUCGGGCCCAGGCAGUAAACGAUCAGCGGGGGACUCUUCCUCGGGUCCGCCAGAGAAGAAGGCUUCAGUGGAGGAUUCUGGGACCACAGUUGAGACCAUAAAGCUUGGUGGCGUCUCCUCCACGGAGGAGCAGGACCUACGUACCCUGCAGGUGAAGAACAAGAAGCUGGCUGGUAUGCUAGACCAGCGACAAGCUAUAGAGGAUGAACUUCGAGACCGCAUCGAGACCUUGGAGAAACGGCAGGCCACAGAUGAUGCGUCACUUCUUAUUAUCAAUCGUUACUGGAGCCAGUUUGAUGAGAAUAUUCGUAUCCUCUUGGGACGUUACGACUUGGACCAGGACCUGGGCGAGUUUCUCACAGAACGCAAAGCUCUAACUAUUCCAGAACCUGAACCGGAUUCUGACAGUAACUCGGAACGCAAGGACAGCGAGAGAG